UGGCUGUAAGUCUUGUAGUAAAUAACGAUCGGCACAAGCUGUGACGCUUUCUUCUGGUUUCUUCUACUAUGUUGUAUUUGUGAAAAAUUAGCAAAGUAUGUAUGUUUAUAGCUACAAAUUUGGACUCAUUAGAUGAAUAUCUCUUCAUAGUGCCCGCUGUAGCACCUUAAUUUGCUAUUUUAUGGACAAUUUGUGUCGUGCUGGCGUUUCGCUCCAUGGUAACUUUGUUUUGUGGACAUGCCAGGUCAACUCGGAAGGUCGGUGGAUAAUGUGGUCUUCGUCUGUCUAAGUAAAUUGUUUGUUAUAGUACAGUAAGACCUUAGUAACCCAGUCUGUCAGCCAUGUUGACCCAGCUGUGAUUUAUCGUCACAGAGCUAAGUUGGAAGGCAUAAACCAGAUACACACAGAAGCAACUUCUUCUUCUGUGCAUCCUGUCCUCUAUGCUAUUAUGAUUCACCUGUGACAAUCUAAAGCUGUAAUGAAAUCCAGUGAACCUGUGUUCACAAGGCAGAAUCCUUUUCAACCAGCAUCCAGAUUGGGAAGGACACACUACCACCCAUCCCGCAACCAGCCCCUGUCAAAUAAAAAGAAAAAAACUACUUUGAGUCAUGUACGUCUGAACAAGCAAUCCAAUUCACACACUCUGAGCCCAGAGAGCCAACAACUGUUUGAGCAUUGUGACCAACACUUUACUGCCACAGAUGAACAAACUGUUUUUACAGAGUCCUGGCCCUCCACCGACUGUGGAUCUUCUCCUAUCAGCAGUGCAACCUCAUCUGACAUGGAGACACCCAAACAGUGUGCGAAAGCAGGCAAAUCCACAGUUUCAUCAGAGCGAGGAGUUCAGCAGGAAUCAGUGAUGGCAAAGUACGUAGAACGCUUUCGUCAUGGUCGACCACAGAGUCGAGAGGAGCGCCAGCAGAUGUCUUCUGCCACUGGAGAGAAGCAGGUGCCUUUUUGGUGGAUGUCACCCCCAUCUUUCCCCUUUAGUUCAACACCAACUAAGACAACAGAUGAAGACCAUGGACCUGAGAUUUUCAAUCCAGCUGGACAGCGUCGGCAUGACAGAUCCCUUUCCCCAUGCAGUGUUUUGUCAGACACAUAUCAGGGUGAAUUAGAUGACACAGAGAUACUACACCUUCAAGAAAAGGCCAGCAGGCUUCUGCUGAGAGGUGAAUGUACUCUGAGUGAUGGAUCUGUCCCUGUCAGCUCAGAGGGCCUGGCAUGCUCAGAUUUCUCUUCUCCAGUUAGUGUAGAUGAGCCAGUGCGGAGACCUUUGAUUCCCAGUUUAAUCAAAUCUGCUGCGAAGGCCAGUUCAGACUCAGUUCCAGCUGUGUCCUCCCAAAAAUCCGCUGUCAUUCCUUCUCUGGUGAUCCCCGCACGCCGGGAAGAUGACAUCUUGUUCCAGUGGCGUUUAAGGAGAAAGAUUGAGCAGGCCAGGGAGUGGCCUCCGUCCCUGCAAAACUCAAGUCUUCAUGGUCCUACAUUUAGCUGGCAAGCUCCCAAUUUAAGCCAUCCCUCAGCCAGUGGACAGGCUUACAAGCAACACCAGAGUACCCAACCUCCUGAAUUGUCGCACGAAGCUACACAUCCUCACAUCACUACUCCCCAGCCACAAACUGAAAACGGCAAUGGAUCAUGUCCCCCAGCUUCAGGUCCACCUCACUUCCCUGCCUUUGCCCUCUCUGGCCCUUCAGGCUCUCAACCACAGACUGUUGCCCACGUUCCUGCCCACAUGCAUAUACUCUGUGAUGUCUUGCCCUGUCCCAUCAAAACAAACAUUUCAGACAGUAUGGCUGAGUCUCAGACCAAAGUUGUCCGUAAAAAGACCCAAGUCCCUGGACACUCAACGAACGCCUUCACUGAUGAGCCUGUUCGUGAGCAUGUGCCAUCCCCACCACCUGCUUCAUCUGGAGCUAUACAAGGAGAGCAGCGUAAUCACGACACAAGAUCUGUGAGAAACAAGACCGAGAAAGCCCAGCCAAGACAGUCAGAGAAGAAUGAGAAGAAGACAGUGACGUCCAACACAAAGCAGAAGACAACAAGGAGGUCUUCACAUCAAAGAGUUUCUGAAAAGGUCAGGCCGAGGGCAGAACAACAGCAACAGGAGGGAAGCCAGGGGUUUUCCAGGGAGAGCUGCACUGGCGAUAAUGCGCCACCCCCUUCUCCAAUCCACACUGCUUUAGGACAGGUAGUUUCAGAGGUAUUGUUCCCCACGCUGGUGUCAUCUCCUGCACAGAGGACCUCUGACUCAUCAGUUUCUCCUCCUUGCACUUCCCCUGCACCUCCACAGUCCUCAGUUCCUCCAUGCAAAGCACAGAACUCUAUAGAGGUCAUUUCACAGCUGCUGCAAGAAGCUGAAGAUUCAGAUGAAAAAGAGUUUGAAGAUGACCCUUUAUUACAAGUCCUCCGCAAGCAGAGAAAAUGGGUGAAGGAGCAGAUCAGUCAAGUGGACUCUAUGUUGAAUGCAUUCCUGGAGGAGCGACAAGUUACUUGAACACUGAGAAGACACACUUGAUGAUUUGUUUUGUUUUUUAUAAAGAAAUAAAGUUUAUUUUUUCAUUUUUGAAGAAACAUUUCCACAUUAAAGAGUUCAGAGAUA